UUAACAAUAUUAAAUACCAUAAAUGUUCUUGUGUUCCAGGGAGGCAACAAUGCUGGGCAUACUGUUGUUGUAGACUCUGUAGAAUAUGAUUUUCAUCUUUUACCCAGUGGGAUCAUCAAUCCAAAAGUCACUGCAUUCAUUGGAAAUGGUGUAGUAAUUCAUUUGCCAGGACUGUUUGAAGAAGCUGAGAAGAAUUUAAAGAAAGGAAAAGGACUAGAAGGCUGGGAAAAGAGACUAAUAAUUUCUGACAGAGCUCAUAUUGUAUUUGACUUCCAUCAAGCUGCUGAUGGCAUCCAAGAACAACAAAGACAAGAGCAAGCAGGAAAGAAUUUGGGAACUACAAAAAAAGGGAUUGGUCCAGUCUAUUCUUCAAAAGCAGCUCGAAGUGGACUCAGAAUGUGUGAUCUUGUUUCUGAUUUUGAUGAGUUUUCUGAAAGGUUCAAACUGUUAGCCAAUCAGUACAAAGCAAUAUAUCCUAUCUUGGAGAUAGAUAUUGAAGGGGAAUUGAAAAAACUCAAGGGCUACAUGGAAAGAGUUAAGCCAAUGGUGCGGGAUGGUGUUUAUUUCAUGUAUGAAGCUCUGCAUGGACCGCCAAAGAAAAUCUUGGUAGAGGGUGCAAAUGCAGCACUACUGGACAUUGAUUUUGGGACGUAUCCUUUUGUGACCUCUUCUAAUUGUACAGUUGGAGGUGUUUGCACGGGUCUGGGCAUGCCACCUCAGAACGUGGGGGAAGUAUAUGGAGUUGUAAAAGCAUACACGACCAGAGUUGGAAUUGGUGCCUUUCCUACAGAACAAAAUAAUGAAAUUGGAGAAUUACUGCAAACGCGAGGUAAGGAGGUUGGUGUGACCACUGGUAGGAAAAGAAGAUGUGGCUGGUUGGAUCUUAUGUUACUCCGAUACGCCCACAUGAUUAAUGGAUUCACUGCGUUGGCUCUUACCAAAUUGGAUAUCUUGGACAUAUUUCCAGAAAUCAAAGUGGGUGUUGCUUACAAACUAGAUGGGGAAAUCAUACCUCAUUUUCCUGCAAACCAGGAAGUCUUAAAUAAAGUAGAGGUUCAAUAUCAGAUACUCCCAGGGUGGGAUACAGACAUAUCAAAUGCAAGAACAUUUGAUGAACUUCCUAUAAAUGCACAGAACUAUGUUCGCUUUCUAGAAAUGGAGCUUGGUGUUCCUGUUAAAUGGAUUGGAGUAGGGAAAUCCAGGGAGUCAAUGAUCCAGCUGUUUUAAAGAUUUCAGAUGCAUGGAAAGACCAUACACUCCUCAAAAGACUGCUCAUUCUUAAAUGUAUUAGUAGCCCGCAAAGCAAAGAUGUUGAAGAUAGAUCUUGCAUGGAAAGAAAUGCUAGAGAUGGUCUCACCAAAUCCAUUGCUACACCUGAAAGACUUUGACCUGUACCUGUAUCAGCUGUCAACUGGCAAUUUCCAGGACAUUUGUCAUUAUUGUUGCUCAUGGUGCCACCAGGUUUUUUCUUUUUCUUUUUUAUCAAAUACUUGCUCCAUAAUGUAAUUCUUGGUUGAACAAGCUAAGAUGGCAUUGCUUUCAUGACUGUUUGUCUUUGUUAUCGUCUCUCUGCUUUUGGCGGUGUUACUUCCCUGAAAUUUUAGACAGUAAAAUAAUGCAGUUUUGCACAAAUAGUUUUGCGUCUUCAUUAUUUGUAUUCUUAAAGCUGUUGUAUCCUUUAUGGCUGUUGUGAGUGAUUAAAGAGAGGGACACAGGUGAUUUUAUAAUGCUAUAAACACUGUCUAAAUUA